CAACUAAUCAUCGGACCAUCUCAGCAAGUGGGCCUCUGUUAAAGAAGCUGGAGCCGUAGCGAAUCGAUGCCACGACCUCCAUCUCGAUUCCCGCCUCAUUUUCAACUCUUCAUCGUCACCGUUCUCUAUCUUUCUCAUUCGCCCUAAAACCCGAACCCUCCCAACCGUCGGCGCCCUAAAACCCCACCUCUCCCUCUCUCCCUCUCUCCCCGCCAAAAUAACACUUCGCCCAUGGAAACCCUCCAAAUUUACAGAAACGCCACUGUGGAAUGGAAACCCUCUCCGGUCGUAGCCCUCGCCACCAGCAUCGACGCCUCCCAGGUCGCCGCGGCACGAGAAGACGGCUCGCUGGAGAUCUGGCUCGUCUCUCCCGGCUCCGUCGGCUGGCACUGCCAGCUGACUAUCCAAGGAAACCCCGACUCCAGAGUAUCUUCUCUCGUCUGGUGCCGCCCGAACUCGAAAUCCACGGCUCCGACUGGCCGGUUGUUUUCUUCCAGCAUCGACGGGUCAGUUUCGGAAUGGGAUCUUUUCUUGCUGAAGCAGAAGUUGGUAUUGGAUUCGAUUGGGGUGUCUAUCUGGCAGAUGGCGAUUGAGCCUUUUGACGAUUCAAAGGUCGUCAGUAAUGGGUUUGCGAAUGAUAAAGCUGAUACACAAUCCAUGUCUCAAAGUGCGGAUUGUGAUGUCAACGGUCCAGGUUAG